UUUCCAAUUUACCCACAGCAAUGAAAUCGACCCUGAUUGUACUUCUUGGAGUUGCCACGCAAGUGGCCGCGUAUUCCAAGUAUUUGCUCCUGAUCCCGAACGGCAAGAACAUCCCCGGCGUGAAAACCCCCGGGCACAUCAACUUCACCAACGGAGGUGGUCCACGAGGACCGUUUGGACUUGCGUUCGCGGCGGCGGGGCAUGCGUGGACCGUCGAAUUGUGUCGCAACGACUCGGACGGAGACGGCGCCACGAACGGCGAAGAGCUCCAGGACCCGUGCUGCACGUGGAACGUCAACGUGACGACGCCCAACACAACGAUUGCGUCGCACCCGGGGUUGGCAAACAACUUCACGGCGGCCGACUUGGCGGCGCUCCGGUGCAAGAGCGACACCACGACUGCGGCGCCGACGACAACCCCGAAGCCAUCGUCGAGUGUGUCGACUGGUCUCGCGUUGGUCGCCGUUGCCGUGGCGGCCGGCAUGCAGCACAACUAGACCUGGGCAAGUCCGUCCGCUCAACCUAAUCACGAUUCAAACAAUGAUAUAACAACUCAAUGUGUGAAAGGCCACUGAGGACUCGCGAGCCAUACGCCUAUAAAUUCUGCAAAACAUUCGACUGGAUUCACACGUAGUAAUUGGUGGCGCCUCCUUCCUCAACGGAUGCUUUUGUGUGGGCA